CUGGGUAUGGCAUCAGCCUAAUACAAAUUUAUAAACAGUUAUAUGAAUUCAAACAUUUUAAUAGUUCCUCCUCUGUCCUGUCUUUUUGGAGUAUGUGCAGUUGUCCUAGUGGUGGUCAUUUGUUACUUUUCAAAAUUGAAAAGCUUUCCAUUCUUUCAUUGAUUAAAUGUUAAUAUUACAACAACUCUUCAGCAACAUUGGUAUCACAACACAACAUUCACAAUUAAAAGAACUCUGAACUUUAGCAAAGCUUCUUUUACAAAAGUCAACAUUAUAAAACACCUAGUAUUUACUCUAACAAUUGCGACUGCCAACACUGUAAUAUUCAUCGCGAAGGUGCUGUGGUCUGAUGGUUUCUUCUAGAUAGAGAACCUGUCCUCUCAGCCUGUCUGUCCCCUGAGCCAUCAAACAAUGAUGCGUUCCCUUCCUCUUCUCCCAUUCCUGCAGGGCUCCAUUGCACCUGGUGAGAAGCAAGUGCUGAAAUUCUCUUACAUGCCAGGAUUACCAGGAGCCUUCAGCAGGAUUUACCAACUUAAAGUGGGUGACCUGGAGCCGGAAAAGAUCUGUCUGAAAGGAGAAGCGUCCUUUCCCAUGAUCAGUGUCAACCUGCCCUGGAACAUCAAAGGCGAUGAAAAAUAUGAGAAGCCACUGCAACAGCUUGUAAAACACAUGAAACAAGAUAGUGAGAGCAAUAAAUCAGUUGUUGGGAAGAAGAAUCAGAGCCCGAAGACUGAGACCUUGAACUCUCAGACCUUGAUGACUCAGAUCACAAAUAUUCAGACCCCGGCAGCUCAGACUCCAACGACUCAAAAUCCGAAGACUGGAAACCUGAAUCCCUGUGUGCCUGACUCUGGCAUUGUAUCAAAGCCUCAGCUGCAGAUGAAGAUGGUGAGCAUGCUGAUAGAGAAGGCUGCUCUGGAUCUGCAGAAAAAUCUCAAAUCCCAUUCCCCGAAGACCAAGUUCCCUGACAAGCAGCUGCGCCAGAGCCUUGUUGA